UUCUUCGAGUUCUUGAAGCCCUUUAUAAAUCUUAUAUGAGGAAAUCUUUGUCUACAUAUUCUCAAGGAAUCUGCCUGACCUUCAUCUUUGAUAUAGUGAAAUUCUUCACCGAGUCCAAAUUGCACGACUUUAAGAUUGUUUCUAUCAAGAAGUUUAUUGAUAUAUCAAUCAAUUACUUUGACAUUGUUUUUCCUUUAGACUCUCAGGCAUCAUUAUCAGAAUAUAUAAUUUAUCUAAGAGGAACCGAACAGUGUCAGAAUUUACUCGAAGAUGUUAUCUCUCGACAUAUUAGCACAAAAGGUGAACUGACCUAUGGACAAAUCGGGAAGGUUGUGAUGAUUUUGCUUGGGUCAGGCAGACACAAAAUUGACCUUUGUGAGAUGAUUGCUAAAAAGAUCCCCGAAAACUCGUCCUGGAAAGAAUUCGUUGGGAUUCUCAAGGGGAACAAGGAGUCGGAGUCAAAUUCACUGAUUCAGAAGUUCCACGAUGCUUUGCAAGAAACUUAUAGCGCCAACUGGAUGGUAAAGAGCUACAUAUCCCCUAAUUGUUAUUUGUAUCUUAUGGAGCGCGUUGUUAUUUUGGCAUCUCAUUACCACGUUUCCCUCUUCACCACAAAAUCAUCAUUUGUGGAGUGGUCAGUAUAUCAACAGUCUCGUGGCAUCCCAAGUGCUAGUUUAGUCACUGACAAGCAACCCUAUCCCAUAAAUGUCUUUGAUUCCAUUAUUACAAUGGUCCAGCAGUUCCUUUUUAAUGGUCGACAUACAGCACAAUGGAUUAGGUAUUCUAGUAUUAAUUACAAUUACCAUUCAGUGCUAGUGUUGAGGUUGUUUGUUAUACUGUGCUUGAUGUGUCUUAACUCUCAAAUGUACUCCAAUGUACUUUUUGAGCUUCUGAGUCUAACUCACGUCAGAGCCCAUCUUCCAAGAGAAUUCUAUGAAGCUCUUCAAAAGAAAAGGAAGAAUGAUGAUGUGAAUUUAGAUGCAGUUGCUAGAGCAUUCAAAUCAAUUGGGGAUCCAGUUGUCAUUGUCACCCAGGGAGAAAAAAAUAAUCCAAAAUUUGUCUGUCCUGAUGCCAUUAUUCUUGACAUGAGUGUUUCCCGGAGUGAAAAAGACAUCAUGGAAGUUUUAUUUACAAGCAGCAGUAAAACUUCUCAUGGACAAAUCACUUCAGUUGAAGCAAAUAUGAUUAAAUCUAGCGGUGAACUUCCUGCUAGCAGCGGCAAUGAUGGCAAGACUUCUAUGUUGCCAAAUUUGAAUGCGGAAUUGGAAAUGGAUCGGAAUUUGAGUACAGGGAAUGGAAAUGAUGGACUGCAGAUGAACUGGGGAGUUCUUCGGGAAAUAUCUGAUAUAUUGAAGUCUGGGGAAAAUAGGAAAGAUGGAAAUCUGAAGAUCCUUGCAAUGGAAAAGAAGGUACAAGUGGACAUCUUAGCCACUCAAAUGAUCAAUUUCUCUAAUAAGAAAUCUCUUGCUGGUGAAGAUAAUAACAUGCUGGGUGAAGCUGUCAGCGCAAUUGAGGAAUUGAAGCAGCUUUCUUCUUUGAUUACAAGUGACUUGGAAGAGAGAGAGACUUUGAUGAUUGGAGAACUGUUGAAAAGCUUGGAGUCGAGAAGGCCUAAACUCGACAUAUACCUUAGGUGGUCUGUUGUGCAGAAUGAUACAAAAGAAAAAUAUCAAAGUGUUGUAUCUUGUGACGAGGAAAUUUCUAACAGAAAUAGUAGUGAAGACAGCACGGAAAAUUUACCCGUCACUGUUGCUCCCGAAACAUAAAGUAAGCC